AUGAGGUUCAAAGCAGAAAUACAGAAAAUAGAGGCAUUUCUAAAUGUUGUUAGGUUUUUUGCUGCUGUUGGUAAACAAGGGGUGUUUGCUAUUGGCAAAGAAGAUUUUUUUGUAGUAUAUAAAGAUUCAUUAUCUCAAUUAUACUCUAUAUUUAUGUCAAAAUUAUCACCUUUGUUUAGUGCAUUUGAAUAUGACGGAACAGAGGAUCACGUUUAUUUAGAAUUUUCAACUGAUGACUUAUUACGCGUUAUGUUGAAUGUAAAAGAAUCAGAAGUUUGCCAAAUAUCACUUACACGAAGUGCAACAAAAAGGGUUCCUUGUUUAAACUUUAAGACUAAUACAGAUGGAAUGGAGGUUACACAAGAACUCAUUGUUACUAUCAAUAAACAAGGUGCUGAUUUAUAUCAUCAACCAAUAGAAAUGAAUGCACAAAUGGAUGUAUCUGGUCAAUUACAUUCAAUGAAACAAAUGAAACAAGCAUUAGAUAAAAUGGCUGAAUUAUCAGAAGAAGUUGUAUUCAGUGCAUCUCAUGAAGGGGAUAUUCGACUUGUUUGUUCAUCAAAACAAAGUAAAAUGGAAGUUGUUUUUUCUGAACAAGACCAUCAACCAAACUUUAUAUUUAGUUGUGCUUGUCAGUCAGGACAAUUUAAAAAAUUCUUUAUAUUAGAAAAACUUGAGCCUGAAUUAUGUGAAUAUUAUUAUGAAAAGGAUAUGUUUUUUAUUUUAAAAGCAACAACAAAUAUUGGAGAAAUUUUGAUUUAUAUUCCAGUGAUUCAACCUUGA